CAAUGAGUAAUGCCUCAAGGGCUGUGUUUGCCGUUCAUCAGGAACAACCAGUUCCAUCCCAAUCCCAAGUAUGUUUUUCUCAUACCUCAAUUUCUCAACAUUAGCUUACUUUUACUAUUCAUAUUCUGUUUUCCAUGAUUUAGGAUCCAUAUUCUGUUUUCCAUGAUUUAGGAUAUAUGGGUAUAGCUCUCAACAUUAGGUUACAUUUAUUCCCAAAUAAUCAUAAUUGUUAUAAAUUGUAUUGAAAUUUCUAAAUUUCAGGUGAAUUGUGAUGUUUUUGGACCCUGAGAGUAAUAUGGUUGAUUAUAUUAGUGAAUUGCCUGACGACGUCCUAUCUUAUAUUUUAAAAAGCAUUUCAUUGAAAGACUUGUUAAAAAUCAGUAUAUUAUCUAAAAGGUGGUGCAAACUUUGGACUCUAAGAAAAGAUAUCUAUUUUGAUAUUUUCAAUGUGUUUGAAGAGACGGUAGAAAAAUUACUACAAACUGGAUAUCUCAUUGAUGUUCCUGAUAGUCCUAUGUGUGAUGAAGAAACCGAGAAAGAACUACUACAAGCCGGAUAUGAUAUUCCCGAUAGACCUAUUGUGAGGAGACUCACUAAUUUGAAUACUAUUAGAGAUGAAUUUGUAAAACGAGUUGAUCAAUUUGUUAAGAAUUUUCAUGGUACAAAGAUUGAUUCUUUUUUGGUGAAAUUCUAUUUGAAUUGCGACCAAAGUGCAAUUAUUGAUCAAUGGAUAACUUUUGCACUUGCAAGGGAAGUAGAAAGAAUCGAUCUACUCUUUUUAGGGUUGCCAUAUGCACAAAAUAAUCUACGGAAUUUUUAUAAAUUUCCCUUAGAUUUACUUUUGGAGACUAAAGCUUCAACUCUAAAGCAUUUGAGUCUUGAAUGUUGUCUUAUUCGCCAUCCCACUAACAACGACUUUAGUCCGCUAAAAAAAUUGAGAUUUCUUUCACUGAACCAUGUGAAAUUGGAUGAAAUCUUUAUUGAAACUCUCUUAUCCAAUUGUGGUCUUCUUGAAGAGCUUCACUUAUUUUCCUGUAAUUUCACAGCAUCAAUGCCAAAGAUAGUAAGUUCAUCAUUAUUAAUUCUCAAGAUUAUAAACGGCUAUAUUUCACCCCGCAUCAACUCAUUGGUGGAAGUAGACUUGACUUUAUUGGAUUGUCUUAAACUAACUUCAUUGGAAUACGAUGGAUAUGGCUUGCAUACCAUGAAUAUUAAUACCCCUAUGUUGAAAUGCAUUGACUUCUUCAUUUCAUAUGAAGAAGAUUUGAACAUAUUUGAUCUCUUUGCAACUUUUCUUCAACUUGAAACUAUGCGUAUAAACAUAACAUCCACGGUGAGUCAUAAAGUAUUGUAAGAGUUAAUUUAUUAUAUAUGUUUUUUUUUUUGUCUUUUGAAUCUUACAUAUUUUUUCUAGGUCAUAACUUCCCUCAGUAUAACUCAACCACUCAAACAUCUUAAACGGUUGAACCUCACUCUUUCACGUGUGACUUAUGACCUUUCGUGGAUUUUAAACAUCCUUCAAGCUUCUCCACUUUUACAAAAACUUUCA